AUGUCGAACAAAGAGAUGUCCUAUACAGAUGCACUUUCAUCUAUCCCCCCUGAAACAAAGGAAGACAACAACACAGGUAACGACAAGGAAAAUGUUAAAACAACUUCUGAGGAAACGUCUAAGGACUCCGGACAAACAAGCCAGAGCAAUACAUUAAAUAUGCGUGAGCGCAAGAUGACAACGAAAGGUUUGGAAUGGCAAAUCGCACAGCAGUCGUACAUCAAGGUCAACGAGGGUUUCCAAUACCUCCAGAAGUUCCAGGAAGUCAGUAGAUACAGUCAUGGAGGCAGCAGCGCUGAGACAAAACUGAAGUACAUUGAUGCAGAGGCGAAACACAAGGCAGACCUUGAAAGGAUCAGAACCCAAAAGGAGCUUGAUAUAGCGCAGGCUAAGUUAGAAGCACUUGAGACUUUGGGAAGUAAUGAACCAUUCUCGUACAGUGAUUUUAAACAUUCGAUUCCCGAGCUUGACUCCAAGGAGCGUGUUAAAAGAUUCAUUGAUACUCAGGUAAGGCCAUCAGAAGCGAAGGUCAAGAUAGAACCAGUAUCGGAAGCACCACCUAUUUUGCAUAGGAACCUCAUUCCUCCAGUAUUUACUCCUCACACACAACAGGAAUACGUCGACACUAGUACUGCUUCAAGAGUACCCUUAAGCAACAUAGACUUGCAGUCACUUAACAAUCCGUCACUGCCUAGUAAAGAUGACAAACAAAUAGAGCAAGGCUUAUUGGAUCUGGCUACUUCACUAGCGAAGCAAGUGAGUCUUAGUCGUUUACCCCCUCCGGAACCUACCAUUUUCUUAGGAGAUCCGUUGAAGUAUCCAAGUUGGAAAGCAUCAUUUCAAACACUCAUUGAGCAGCGUCAGAUUCCAGAUUCAGAGAGGAUACAUUAUUUGAAGAAGUAUCUGGGUGGACCAGUGAAAGAUGUCAUAGAGAACUAUUUUCUGUUAUCAACAGAUGAUGCGUAUGAGGAGGCUAAAGGACUGCUAGACCAAAGAUAUGGUAACCCAUUCAUUGUUGCCAAUGCAUUCCGUGACAAACUGGAUAAAUGGACAAAGAUAAGCUCGAGAGAUGGUGUUGGACUGCAGCGUUUUGGUGAUUUUCUCAAGCAGUGUUAUACGGCCAUGCAGAGUAUUGGAAGCUUGGACAUUCUCAAUGAUGACAGAGAGAACAGAAGACUGCUGAGCAAACUUCCAGACUGGCUUGUGACAAGAUGGGGUAGGAUCGCCACACAGUAUAGAGAAGAAAGAAUGGAAUUUCCACCAUUCAAGAAUUUCAUGGAAUUUAUCGUGAAAGAAGCCAAGAUUGCGACAGACCCUAUUACCUCCAUUGAGUCUGUAAAGAAGUCUGAACUCACCCAAUCAGAGCCGAGUAAACCACGACCUGAUGUCAGGGUACGACAGCGAGGUGCAGCUGAUUAUGGAAAACGAUCUUUCCUGACAGACGUUGACGAGAAUCAGCCCGCAAAUGUGAACGUAGCAAAUAGAAGUGACAGAGGGAGAAACUGUGUUUUGUGUGAAGGGAAUCAUGAACUAGAUGACUGUAAACAGUUCUUAGCGAAGAGUCUGGAAGGAAGAAAACAGUACGCAAAGCAGAAAGGUCUGUGUUUUGGGUGUUUACAUUCGGGUCAUCUAUCAAGGAAGUGUCGUCAGAGGAAAAGAUGCAAAACUUGUUCCAAGUUUCACCCCUCAUCUUUACACGGGGACAUCUACAGACGAGAACAACAGCAGAUUACAGAGGACGUGGAUAAGGCAGCAGUUCCAAAGGAGAGUUCAUCAGGGACAACACUUAUGAAUCACUCUGGAGCAUCUAGCAAAAGUACCAUGAUACUUCCAGUUUAUGUGUCACAUAAAGAGAACACAGAAAGAGAGAGGUUAGUGUAUGCGCUACUUGACACACAAUCGGAUACAACCUUUAUUCUGGAGAAAACUUCAAGGGCCCUUGGACUUACUGGUAGACCUGUGAAGCUGAUGCUUUCUACUAUGUAUGCAGAGAACAAGACCAUAGAUAGUUGUAAGAUUGGAGGACUUGUUGUACGUGGAUUCAGUGGUGAACACAGAAUAGCGUUACCUGAGACAUACACAAGAGCUAUCAUGCCUGCUAACAGAUCCCAUAUCCCGACACCGGAAGUUGCGAGAAGAUGGCCUCAUCUGGAAACUAUUGCUGAUGAACUUCUACCUCUGACAGAUUGCGAAGUUGGAUUACUUAUUGGUUACAACUGUGUGAAGACUUUGACGCCUAGAGAUGUUAUCGUUCCAUCUAAAGACGGACCUUAUGGUCAACGCACUGACUUGGGAUGGAGUGUAGUAGGCAUAAUGGAGAAUGACAGUUCAACGGAAUGGGAAGAGGAUCCCAUAGGAAUUAGUCAUCGUAUUGUUGCGUGCGACGUGCCUACAGAAUUGUGUACAUCUGAAGCAUCAAGGCAAGACCAUGUUGUAUUUUCUGUAAGGAACAAGAUAAAGGAAGUAAUCGACCCUGAAGACGUAGUUAGGAUGCUUGAAGUGGAUUUCAGUGAGAACUUUAGCAGUUCAAAACAUGUUUCCUACGAAGACAGAAAAUUUCUGGAUAUCAUGGAAAAGGGGAUUCAUAAGUGUGAUGGACAUUAUGAAAUGCCAUUGCCUUUCCGAGAAGCAAUGUCAUACCUGAGCAACAAUAGAGACAUGGCAUUUCAGCGACUACAACACUUGCGAAGGCGACUUGAGGAAGAUGCACAGUAUAGCGAGCACUACAUUUCCUUUAUGAGAGAGCUGAUAUCAAAUGGUUUUGCCGAAAUAGUACCGAAGACGGAAAUUGGUGUCGAUAGUUGUCAGGAGUGGUACAUCCCACACCAUGGUGUAUAUCAUCCGCAAAAACCAGGAAAGCUGCGUGUAGUCUUCGAUUGCAGUGCAAGAUGUAUGGGGCAGUCAUUGAAUGACCAUUUGCUGCAAGGACCUGACAUGAUGAAUAUGCUUUUUGGAGUUUUGUGUCGAUUUCGCAAAGAGCCAGUGGCCUUUGUGUGUGAUAUUGAGCAGAUGUUUCAUCAGUUCAAAGUGAAUGUUGAACAUAGAAAUUACCUACGAUUCUUGUGGUGGGAUGAUGGCAAUUUCAAUAAGGAUCCUACUACUUACCGGAUGACUGUACAUCUAUUUGGAGCAGUGUCUUCUCCAGGAUGCGCCAACUUUAGCUUGAGACAAGCUGCCACAGACGGAGAGCUUCAGUUUGGGUCUGAUGGUGGGAACUUCAUCAAACGAGACUUCUAUGUUGACGACGGACUGAAGUCGGUAGCUACUCCAGAGAAAGCCAUUAGCAUCAUAGAGAGAAGCAAAGAGUUGUGCAGCAGAAGUAGUUUGAAGUUACACAAGUUCCUCUCAAACUCAAAGGAAGUUUUGGAGAGCAUUCCAGCUGAAGAAAGAGCAAAGGGACUAGCAGAUAUUGACAUACGCCAUGACAAGCUUCCCAUGGAAAGAACCUUAGGUAUACAGUGGUGUAUUCAGAGAGACGCAUUUCAGUUCAAGAUUACACUGAGAGACCGUCCUCUUACUAGACGAGGCGUUCUGUCGACUUUGAGUUCCGUAUUUGACCCACUUGGAUUCAUAGCACCUUUUGUCCUAGUUGGGAAACAAAUCUUGCAGGAAAUGUGUAGAAACCAGACAGAUUGGGAUAGCCCUCUUCCAGAGAACUUGAGACCUAGAUGGAGAUGUUGGAGAAAUGAUCUUGAGCAGCUUGGUUCCUUGGAAAUCAAGAGAUGUCUAAAACCCGAGAACUUUGGAGAUGUUGUUGUAGCUGAGCUACACCAUUUCUCAGAUGCGAGCACAAUCGGGUAUGGCCAGUGCUCAUAUCUUCGUCUCAUCGAUGACAAGCAGCAAGUACACUGCUCUUUAGUUAUGGCAAAAUCCAGGGUCACGCCACUCAAGCCAGUAACCGUACCUCGUUUGGAACUUACUGCUGCGCUCGUUUCUGUUAAGGUCAGCUCCCAACUUCUAGAAGAGCUUGAAAUCAGCAAUAUUGUCGAAUGGUUCUGGACAGAUAGCACUGUUGUUCUUGGAUACAUUGCUAAUGAUUCUCGGCGAUUUCAUGUUUUUGUUGCCAACAGACUUCAACAGAUUCGUGGUCACACAGAACCAUAUCAGUGGAACUAUAUCAGUUCAGCAGAGAAUCCAGCAGACAUGGCAUCACGCGGUGUUACAGCUGAUGAGUUACGAAAGAGGAAAGAAUGGUUCAGAGGACCCAAGUUUCUAUGGGAGUCCAGUUUACCAUUUACUGGUCAGCCUGUCAGCAAGCCAACUAUAUCCGACGAUGACCCAGAGGUUAAGCGUUGCCAGGUGUUUGAGACAAAGGUGGAACCUACUGAAUAUGAAUCAUUGACAGAUCAUUUGGAACGUUUUUCUGAUUGGACCCAGGCAAAGAGACUCAUAGCGAACUGUUUUAAGUUCAAGUUAUUAUUUAAGAAGGACGCUUGUCAGAAGGGAACAGACGCAGUGCUUUGCCAUGAGCAAGGAUUGCCAGUAGCAUUAUUGGAGAAAGCAGAAUUGGCUAUUGUAAGAUUAGUUCAGAAAGAGGCUUUUAGUGAAGAACUGAAAAUUCUUCACAGCACCAAGAAAUGUGAGGAAGUUAACAGGACGAAAACCGUUCGAAAGACAUCCUCCCUUUACCGACUUGACCCAUUUCUGGAUGAUAAUGAUGUUUUGCGAGUCGGUGGUCGUUUGCGGAAGGGAGAAUUCACGUCUUAUGUUAAGCAUCCAAUCAUUCUACCAAGGAAGUCACAUAUUACAAGGCUUAUCAUCAGACACUUUCAUGAACGCAGCAGACACCAAGGACGAAGUAUUACCACGAAUGAGAUAAGAUCAAAUGGUUAUUGGAUUAUUGGCUGCAGUUCUGCUGUGUACAGUGUCAUUUCGAAAUGUGUGAAAUGUCGUAAACGUCGCAGCCAAACACAGGAUCAGAAAAUGAGCGACCUACCUGCUGACAGACUUGCAGCAGAGGCACCAUUUACAUACAGUUGUGUAGACUUUUUUGGACCAUUCUACAUCAAAGAAGGACCAAUAAGACAACUGAGAUCAGAUAGAGGCACAAACUUUGUUGGGGCUGAGAGAGAACUCAGAGAAUCUUUGGAAGAAUUAGAUGAUAGUCGUUUGAAGCGGUUUCUCACAGCUGACGGAUGUGAUUAUAUCCAUUUCAAAAUGAACGUUCCAUCAGCGAGUCAUAUGGGCGGAAUUUGGGAAAGGCAGAUCAGGACAGUUCGCAAUGUGCUUUCUUCCCUCUUGCAGGAUUUUAGUGCGCAGUUAGACGAUGAGGCUGUUAGAACCUUUUUCUGUGAGACUAUGGCUAUUGUCAACAGUCGCCUACUUACCAUUUCGAACUUGCAUGAUCCAUUCGCCCCCGAACCGAUCACACCGAACCACCUUCUAACCAUGAAGUCUAAGGUUGUCUUACCACCACCUGGUGAGUUCCAGAAGCCUGAUUUGUAUUGCCGUAAGAGAUGGCGCCGUAUACAAUACCUGGCCAAUGAAUUCUGGAUACGUUGGAGAAAGGAAUUCCUUCAGACCCUCCAGACGCGUACAAAGUGGUCCUCGCCCAGACGGAAUAUCCAGACAGGAGAUGUUGUGUUAGUGAAGGAUGACAACUUACCACGAAAUCAAUGGCAUCUCGGCCGUGUCGUAGAGACGUAUGCAAGUGAGGAUGGAUUCGUCCGGAGUGGUUCUCCACAAGGGGUUUUACCACGACCCGCCAUGGUUAUAUUUAUGUGCGCCAUGGUGAAACGAGCUGUGCCAUGA